AUGAGAAAUGGGCUGUUUACAAUUUGGGCGCAAUGCCCUCUGAAGGCGGCAAUCGAGGUUGCUAAUAAGAAGAGGAUCAAAAUUGGAUGGACCCUGGCUAGAGUGGAUCUCCUGGAGUCUAGGCCCGUGCAAUGCUUCAGAUGCUGGAAAUUUGGGCAUGUGAGGCUGGCAUGUACGUCUGAGAUGGAUUUUGGCGGGCUAUGCUUCAAAUGUGGAGAACCUAACCAUUUAGCUCGGGACUGCAACUCUCCCCCGGCGUGUAAGCUCUGUAGUGAAGAGGGUAAGGAUCCGAACCACAGACUCGGUUCCAAUUUUUGUAAAGCGGAUAACAAAGUCAGCAAACUUAGGACUAACUUUAACACAAAAGGUCGUGGUUCUCAAGGAGGUAAUACAGUAAAUAGGGAUGUCAAUUAA